GCGGAGGAGUCGGGAGCUUUAUCUUCGUCUGCGGUUGGGCUGGCUGCGUUGCCAGCCUGGGGCAUCAGAAGAGCUAGCGGGGAGCCGACCUGCCUGCCAGCGGGGCUGGGACAGCUUCUCGGAUUUGCCCUCCGUGCACGGUAGUGGGUGAAGAAAAGAUGUCUGUACGAAAACGGCUAUCAAAGUUCAGUAACCAUGCUGAGGAAGAGGAUGAAUGCCAGAGACACUGUGCAGAGGAGUCCCGAGAGGCGCCUAGUGAUGGUCGGGUUGAUUUAAAACAGUUGAUAUCAAAGAAGAUACAGUUGACAGCAGAGGCAGAGGAAUUGAAGCCCUUUUUUAUGAAGGAAGUUGGCAGUCACUUUGAUGAUUUUGUGACCAAUCUCAUCGAAAGAUCCACAUCAUUAGACAAUGGUGGUUGUGCUCUCACGUCCUUUUCUAUUUUUGAGGGAGACAACAACCACAGAGCUAAAGAUCUGAGAGCACCUCCAGAACAUGGAAAGAUUUUUGUUAUAAGGCGAUCUGUCUUAGAUGAGCUGUUAGAAGUGGACCACAUCAGAACAAUAUAUCACAUGUUCAUUGCUCUCCUCAUUCUCUUCAUUCUCAGCACACUUGCAGUAGAUUAUAUUGAUGAAGGAAGGCUGGUGCUUGAGUUCAAUCUCAUGUCUUAUGCUUUUGGGAAACUUAGUGUUGCUAUGUGGACGUGGUUCACCAUGUUCUUAUGUACACUUAUAGUUCCUUAUUUCCUGUUUCAACGCUGGGCCAGAGGCUAUCACAGGACUUCUCAUCCAUUGGUCUAUUCUUUCAUACACUGCUUCCUUUUUGUAGUCUUCCAGAUUGGAGUUCUAGGUUUAGGACCACUUUAUGUUGUGUUAGCAUAUACACUACCACCAGCUUCCCGGUUCAUUGUUAUACUUGAACAGAUUCGUUUUAUAAUGAAGGCCCACUCAUUUGUCAGAGAGAAUGUGCCUCGGGUACUCAGUUCAGCCGAGAAGAAAUCAAGCACUGUUCCAGUACCCACAGUCAACCAGUACUUGUAUUUCUUGUUUGCUCCUACCCUCAUCUACCGUGACAACUAUCCCAGGACUCCAACUGUAAGAUGGGGUUAUGUGACUAUGCAGUUUGCACAGGUUUUUGGUUGCCUUUUUUAUGUGUACUACAUCUUUGAAAGGCUCUGCACCCCCUUAUUUCGGAAUAUCAAACAGGAGCCCUUUAGCGCUCGUGUUCUGAUCUUAUGUAUAUUUAACUCCAUCUUGCCAGGUGUGCUGAUACUGUUGCUUAUUUUUUUUGCCUUUUUGCACUGUUGGCUCAAUGCCUUUGCUGAGAUGUUACGCUUUGGUGACAGGAUGUUUUACAAGGAUUGGUGGAACUCUACAUCGUACUCUAACUAUUACAGGACCUGGAAUGUGGUGGUCCAUGACUGGCUAUAUUACUAUGCUUACAAGGACUUUCUCUGGUUUUUCACAAAGAGGCUCAAGGCAGCGGCCAUGCUGGCGGUCUUUGCCGUGUCGGCCGUGGUGCACGAGUACGCCUUGGCUGUGUGCCUGAACUUUUUCUAUCCAGUGCUCUUUGUGCUCUUCAUGUUCUUUGGAAUGGCUUUCAACUUUCUUGUCAACGAUAGUCGGAAAAGACCAAUUUGGAACGUUCUGAUGUGGACUUCCCUUUUUGCGGGCAAUGGAGUCCUCCUGUGUUUUUAUUCUCAAGAGUGGUAUGCACGUCAGCACUGCCCUCUGAAAAAUCCCACGUUUCUGGAUUAUAUUCGGCCACGUUCCUGGACUUGUCGUUACGUGUUUUAGAAGCUUGGACUUUGAUUCCUUCCUUGACACUGAAGAUUGGGUAUUCUACCUGACUUGGGGCCAGCGUCUGUUUUCAGCCAUCAUGAAGUUAUCUGUGUUGUUUGGACCACUUCAGGCUUUACAGAUGGCUCACUCCAUUCCUAGGUCACCUGAAAAUGAGCUGUUAGAAGUUUACUGGAAGUUUGGACACUUUUAAGCAGUCGAUUUUUUUCUUUUUUGGGAGAAGGGAAACUUGUAGCUCAUGUAACGACAGAUUUUUGUUAAGUCAUAUCAGCUUAAGUCUCAGAAAUUUGGUUUUGUUUCUUAACUCCAUCUAAUUAGAGACCAAACGUCAUGUUUUCUUGGCCACUGAAUUAGCCAGAACACUGCUGAAGAAAUCACUUAAGUACCUGUGACUUAGAAAUUUUUUCAUGCACACUAUUGGAAUGUCUGCUAAUUAACCAUGCAGUUGGGAAAGAAAAUAAUGUGGAAUGUUUUGCUGUUUCUAGUAGAGAAAAUAUCUAUUUUUCCAAAUACAAUCUUAUUACAUAUCCUAA